AUUAAUGUCAGAUGGCGGGCUCGACACUGAGAAUGAGGCCAUCAACGACAUGUUCUCUUCCUCUAGAAGGCGCAAAUUCAUCAGCAACUUCACCAACACCUUGUCUCUACCGUCAAAACCCACUGUCUGGGACAUUACAAAACAAACCGGAUUCUUCCGGUUGCCUACCUUUCUUUACACCCCGCCGUCAACCCCGUCGAAACCACUUUCUGCUACGGCAUGGCUGGAUGGCAUGAGAGGCCUUGCCGCGUUUCUGGUGUUUAUCUUCCACAUUACCUAUGCCACCCACGAUGUCGCUACCGCAUGGACACCAAACGGCAAGCGCGACUUUUUGCGUCUGCCCCUGCUACGCUUCUUCUACCAUGGUCCUGCGAUGGUUAGUAUCUUUUUCGUGCUCAGUGGGUAUGCAUUAAGCUACAAACCCUGCAAACAAAUGCGCAGUGGCGAGACAGAUGCUCUACUCAAAGGUCUUUCCUCGUCGGUGUUUCGCAGAGGCUUGAGAUUGUAUUUACCUUGUGUGGCAUCCACGAUGGUUAUCUUUGUGUGUGUGAGGGUGGGCUUGUAUGAGGUUACGAGUAAGCUUGCUCAUGAUGGGAAGAGGUUAACUGGAUAUUGGGAUCGGCAUGAGCCGCGCCUGAACGGGUUUUGGGGGCAAGUGUGGGUUUGGGGCAGCAGUGUUUUGGGGUUUAUGAAUCCGUUCACGGGCAAAUAUGUUUGGGGUGAUGGACACUUGUGGACGAUUCCUUUGGAAUUUAGGGCUUCCAUCGUUUUGUAUGCCACACAACUUGGACUAUGUCGGUUGCGCAUGCGGUAUCGCAUAUUUUGCUUGGUGGGCUUGAUGUCCUGGGCCCACUACUCAGACCACUGGGUCGUCCUGCUCUUCUUUCUCGGUUUCAUGCUCGCCGACCUCGAUAUUCGACGAACCGCCCUCGCCUCCGCAAACACCUUUUCCACUACCGUCUCGUCCCCAAUAUUCAACAUGGUAUGGACUGCCAUCUAUAUCGCUACCUUCAUCGGCGGCCUAUACAUUGGUGGCCAGCCAGAGAUCGCGGGCGAACACGCACCAGGCUGGACAAUGCUGUACUCGCUUAUCCCUUCGUACAUCCAUGACCGCAAUCGCUAUUGGUGUGGUUGGGGCGCUUUGCUGCUUGUCUGGUCGACAUCUAACUCACCCAUGCUUCAACGCAUCUUCACUGCAUCACUCUCCCAAUACAUGGGCAGGAUUUCGUUUUCUUUGUACUUGGCGCAUGGCUUUGUCAUCCACACGGUUUACUAUAUGUUAUUGCCUGUUGUGUCGGGUGUUUUUGGGAGGGAAACCAAAGUGCAGAGGGAAGUUUCUUUUGGUGUUGCGUUGUGCGUGGUGACGGUGGUGCUGGUGUGGGUUAGUGAUGUGUUUAUGCGGUGUGUGGAUGGACCCAGUGUAAGGUUUGCGAGAUGGUUGGAGAGCAAGUUGAAGGCUUCAACGCAGGUACCCGCAGUCAAGCAAGAGGCUAGGUGGACGGAGGCGAGUGAAAUAGUC